AUGCAGGUUCUACGACUCGACCGCGCCGCCUGCGUCGUCGUCAAAGGGUGCCGCGCCAGCCAUGUUCGCCUGGAUGCAGGAGAAAGUGGUCAACGAGCACCUGGCUCUCAACGAGCCCGACCAGUUCGUGGACGCCCACUGGAAACCCGGCCUCCUAUCGACGCGCUGCAGGCUCGUGCUGCGCGAAGAAGAGGCCGUCGCCACCGGCAGGGACGAAGGAGGGAACGACGAGGAACCAGUCAAGGGGCUUCCGGAGGCCACGCUUCAGGUACCGCCGGCGGCGUUGGACUUGCUGUGGGCGACCAAUCCUUCAACGGCCAUGUUGCAGGUGGCGCGCAUCGGCGUGCGUGCGUACGAGCCAGUGCUGCGGCACCUGCUGCGCUGGCUGCAGCGGCAACCGCGCUCGGGGCGGAGCCGCUGCUCGAAGUGGUCCACGGCUGCUCCCGACGAUCCUGGACGCUGCACUCGAGUCGCUGGGCGCUGUCGCUGGCGCUUCGGGCUUUCCUCGCGUGGCCGGGCGCACCAGAGCUUGCGUUGCCGGGGCUGGAGCACCUAAGCCCCGAGCAGCUUUUCUUCGUCUUCUACGCACUCAACCAGUGCGAAGCCAACGGUCCCGACGUUGAGCAGAUGCUCGCUACGAAGCGGAAGCGCACUCACGGGACAGCCAGACCGGGCCUUGCUGCCUGGGUCAACAGGGUGACUUCGACGAACGAGGACUUUGCCCGCGCCUUCAAGUGCACGCCGCUGCCAAAGCAGGCCAAUCCGUUCCAGGACUGCACCAAAACGGCGGCCUAGAUGCCGGAGGCAUUUCUGACACCAAAUGCUAAAGCCUUCAAAUGCCUUUCUUUCACUUGCGAAAUUAUACAUACGUUCUU